GAGUGGUAGGAGAAGGUCAUCUGGUUGCAGCGGGGAAUCGGGAUUACUGUUACAAAUCCUAACAAUGGGGAAGUGGACGGUUCGCUUCAAAUAUGUCUUAACAUUUAUUCUUCUUUUACUGCAACUACUGGUUUUCAGACUCAUUGCCCUCAUUUGCCCAGGCAUUGCGAAGAACAUACUUCUCAAACUGGGCGAACUAAGCACUAUGACCCAGAAUCCAAAAUUCUCUUUUGAAGAUUGGGGGCCAACUUUCUUCACUCUCACCUUUGUUAAAAGUGUAUUUUUUGAAACUUUGGCAAACUGCGGCGAUGAGGCUGUAGAGGGGGAAGCGGCACCAAAUACGACGGUGCUGGACUUGCAGGGUGGACUGCACAAGCUUCACGAGUUUAUGAGAGAGGACAGACCACUGGUUCUUAACUUUGGCAGCUGUUCCUGACCACCGUUUCUUUUCAAACUGGGCGAGUUCAAACGGCUUGUCCAGGACUUUAGGUCAGUCGCAGACUUCCUGAUCAUCUAUAUCCAGGAGGCACACGCAACAGAUGGCUGGUCUUUCAGAAAUAACAUUGAAAUUCAAAGUCACAAAAAUCUCCAGGAUCGUCUAAAUGCAGCACAGAUACUUUUGAAGCAGAAUCUACCCUGUCCAGUUGUAAUUGACUCUAUGAAUGAUGAAACUGCUAGUAAAUAUGGUGCUCUGCCAGAAAGACUAUAUGUGCUUCAGUCAAAAAAAGUAAUCUACAAGGGUGGAUUGGGACCGUUUGGUUACAAACCAGAAAGUGUUCGUGCUGUUCUCCAAAAAAAUAAUUAAUCCAUUGUAUUCUGUUAUUUUUUCUAUAAAUGUAAAUGUAGAAAUAUUUAAAUAAGCAAGAGUUAAUUAUAAAUUGCUAAUACAUUCCUUUUUGAUUUUACAUUAAGACCAUAACAAUAAUAAUGUAUAGAAUACCAGAAAUUAACUUUUACAUAACAGUAUUUAUGAAAGUUGCAAGAAAGGUAAAAUAUCUGGAAUGUAAAGACUUGAGUAAAUUAGGAAAAUUUUUAUCUGAAUUUGACUCUCUACAUAAAGAAAUGUAAAAAUUAAUUUGAUUUUGUAUUGCGAUGAUUAUGAAACUGCAUAAAGUAAGCAAUGCUAAUGUUUAAACACUUUUCAAAGAUGAAUCUCUUAAUUUAAUUUAACAAUUUAGAUAUAAAAAAAUAAUGUGUAUUUGUUGAUCAGAAACUUAUUUUGUGCAGAAUAGAUACGUCACUUGGAAGGGAACAAUUAUUCUAAAAUUGCUGCAUUCUCUGUAUGUGUAAAUGAAAGUUACAACUGAAACCUAUGGCUGUUGUGACCUGAUGUCACAACAUAUAGAGGAUACAAUAAAGUUCAUUAAGUUAAUUACACUAGCAUUGUGAACAAAAAGCAAUUUAAAGAAAACACUUGUAUCUACAAAUCAGAUAACAUCAUGACAAUAAAUCAAUAAACUGUCUACUUUUAACAA